AUGCAGCCAACUCGCACGACACAGUAUGCUCCGGUCAACGAUGGCGACGCCCGCGACAAUGAUGAGGAAUCUAUCGAGGCAGCCACCACCCAGGGAGACUUUCAUAGACAGGAAGCAAGGGAUACUCUUCGAGAAAAACGUGCGAACGCCCCCGAACGACCCAGGGUUCUUCAAUUCUGGAAAUGGGAAGCUCUGGCACUCUUACUCGCGAUGGCUUCUGUAGUCACCAUGACCGUCAUCCCAGUUAUUUACCACGAUGCACCCGAGGAGGAAUGGCCAUUCAGCAUCAACAUCAAUACUGUCAUAGCAUUGCUCACGACUCUCAUGCGUGCGACGAUGCUUCUUGUUGUCGCGGAGAUCCUCGGCCAGAUGAAAUGGCGCUUCUUCGAUCGAACAAGACCGUUGUCCGAUCUACAACACUUCGACCACGCAAGUCGCAGCGUUCUUGGGUCUCUCAAAGUCAUAUGGGUUGCUCGGUCAAGCUUCAUAAGCGUCGUUGCCGCGCUUAUCACCGUCACCUCCAUCGCCGUUGCGCCGUUCACUCAGCAGGCCGUGAGUACGGUUUCGUGCUCGCGGGCAGUAUUGGGCGUGAGAGCCUCACUGCCGAUAUCCCAUUAUGUUCCCGGGGGCAGAGGCUCUGUGCUUCGAGUCUCAGCUGGGAGCUGGGACGUUGCUAUAGAUAUGAAGGGUGCCAUGAUCAACGGUCUUGUCAAUCCAACGAGCAGUGACAACAACGUCCAAGUUGCCUGCGAGACCGGCAACUGUACAUUUCCAUCGUCCUCCAACGGGGUCACGCAUUCAUCCAUAGCGAUGUGCAGUUCGUGCUUCGAUACGACCAGCUUCAUCUCAGAAAAGGAGUUGAAAGUAAACCGGACUGACUACGCCGGCGUCAACUACACAUUGCCGAAUUCCCAGUCGUUGAACUACAUCAACCGGAUUUGGUUGACUGCCAACACCACGAGUCUCGACUGGGCCAAGGAGUCGUUUCCCAUAGGGUUUGGUUUACUGGCUCAAGCGGCGUUCGCAAACGUAACGAUCCUAUCUUUCACCCAAGCCCCCUGCACCCGGUCAGGGAACGGUACCGUGGUGUGUCCUCGUCCCGUUAGAGACUUUCGGGCCCCAAACGACCCAACAUACAAAGACCAGGUUGAUGUUGUGGCCGUGUCUUGUGCUCUUUAUCCCUGUCUGAAGAGCUUUCAUGCUGGGGUAACACGGGGAGCGCUGGUCGAGCGCAUUGUAUCAUCAGAGCCUGCGACUCUUAACUUUGUGGAGGCACGUGCUAACCUCGACGGAGGAGAUGACCGCAACAAUGAUGGCAUGGUAUUGACAUACGGAAACUAUACAGGCCUUCAGCUUCCUUGCUUCUUGGAUGGUGCUGAGUACGAUCUCAGUAACAUCUCCCAAGUUCCUCACGCGGAAAAGACCCGCAUAAACGUCAACGAAUCGACGUAUGAAGUCCCCGAGACGUGUGUCUACAAGAUUGGGGGAACAUACUCACUUGCACUUCGAAAUUUCCUGACAACCGACCUUCUGCGGGGCUAUUGCUGGUUUCCCAGCUCUGCGGGAGGCGUGCCCAUCUGUCCAACCCAGUGGUGGCUUGCGCCCUUAUACAACAACUUGACCGCAUCUUUCGACUCCAUCAACGUUUCUAUCGAGCAACUUACUGCGGCAAUUACCACUCAGUUUAGGAAAACAGGUACUAGCAACGAGACGUUCUCUUUGUCGGGCUACAAAGAGACAGUCAUCGGCUCCGUGCUGGGAACGACGGUUUGCACGAGAUUCGACUGGCAAUGGAUUUUGCUACCAAUCAUCCUGGUCUUUGCGACAGCAAUCCUGCUCACUAUUUCUGUCAUACAAAGUUGGACUGAGCCAGCCAUACCGGUUUGGAAGACCUCCAUUCUACCACUGUUGUUCUACAAGGUUAGCCCCUUGGACAGUAAAAAGAUGCCGACAUUGGACUCGGAUGAGCUCCACAGGCACGCGGAAACCAUGAAAGUGAGAUUUCGCACGAAGCCAAACGCAAGGUUCGAGAGCGAUCAGGUUGGCUAG